AUGGCCGCCGUUGCAGGUAUUGUGUGCAAGCCGCCCACUUGUCCAAAGCGCCCUCAACAGGAGCAAACCGAUGAUGACAAGGUGCUUCGGAGACGCCAGCAAUACAAAUUCCACCAACGACGCCACCGGGCUAAGCAAAAAGAGAAAAUGAUUACGCUCGAACAGAACGUGCAGAUUCUACUCACCGAUAUCGAGCAGCUCAAUGAAAAACGUCGACGACUUUUCGUCGACCGCAACUGUUUCAGUUCAAGAGGCACCGACACUGGAUUGCCAGCUCGUGUGACCAUGGAAUACUUUCGGCUCUUCAAAUACGGUAUCUCGCCAACCAAAGUCAUCCAGCAGGAACAAUUUCUUCGCUCUAUCAUGACAGCGGAGACUGUUGGCCCAGAUUACGCUGGAGUUGAGACGAUCAUUUUCCUUUGGAAACGUUUCAAUGACUUUUACACCUACAGCCGGUACGAGGUCCUCUCAAUGAAUGUGUCGGCCUUGGCCGACUCUACUGUCGUCGUCAUGGACACCAACUUUCACAUUAAUUGUCGUCGAGACGGUGUGCUAACGCUGUAUCCGUCGCUCCGUCACCACAUGGAUCUGCUGCAGAAGAUGAUGGGCUCCAUGCUCGUCGUUCCGGUCCGGUACUGCUUUGAAUUUGACAAUACUGGCAGCGUGACGUGGUUCAGCGCAGACUGGAACCUCAUCAGUGCCUUGAACGCUCAUGUUUCGCUCGCGGACGCGGCACGCAUUCUUGCCGCUGCCAAUAUCUCCAAAACCGGCCAGAUUAGCAGAAGUGUGGAGGACAUCCAUGAAGCUUGCAAUGUCCAAGACGACGGUGUCAGUACUUCUGUGAAGCGAGACCCUCGCCAUCGCGUCGACUUUCUGCUCUCAUAA